AUGGGGCCCCCGGGCAAUAGGGGAUCAUGGGGCCCCUGUGUCCUUGCCCAAACUCAAAAAAGCCUAUUAAAAAGCUGGUCACUUGUAUGUUUAGAGGAUCAAGUGCCCCCAAUGUUUUGGCACAUGCCAGUUAUAAGCAUGGAGGUAUAGCUAUUCCCCUCAGAAGCAGGGGUGGACUGACAAUCAUGGGGCCCCCGGGCAAUAGGGGAUCAUGGGGCCCCUAUGCCCUUGCCCCAAAUUCAAAAAAGCCUAUGAAAAAGGUACCAGGGGUAUCUCAUGGGGCCCCCUACUGACCUGGGCCUUCGAGCAAUGUCCGAGUUUCCAAAUGGUCAGUCCGCCCCUGCUGCCAAGACGUA